GCUUUUGCUUUGUGCAAAGACCUUUCAAAGCUGGAAGAACAUUAUUUUCUUUCUUCUCUUAUUUUGAGACAAGGCUUGGUAAAUGGCCCAGGCUGGCCUCGAACCUGUGAUCCUCUGUAAGCAAAAGUAAAACCUACGAUGGCUACCCUUCGGUUCGGGCGGGGUUGGUGGCGGCAGCGUGUUCCUGUGGACAUUAAGUCCAAGUCAGCAGGAUUUUGGCGCACACGCACCUUGUUGGUCGCGGUGCAAACAACGGAUAUAACUAAGGUUGAGGCUGGCUGGUAUAAACAACUUAAACAAGGGAGGUUGUUAUUGGCACAUGGCCACUCCUGGGCUGCUGCAAGAACCGGGGGGGGCGAGGGGCCUGGGGCCCACCAUGCAAGUGUGCUCCACUGAGCUCAGCAGCUUAGAAUAAAGUCAUGUUUGGAAAUUUCCAUGACUCUGUGUCUCUACCAGAAUCUCAAGUGAACCUUCCCAGUCUAAACUCGUGACAAGACAUCCUCCUGCCUCGGACUCCCAAGUAGCUGGGACCCAGGCCUGCGCCCCUGUGUGCUUCAAAAACUACUUUAUCCUCUGUAAGUGGAGGAUAAAAGGGAUGCAAACGCCAGGAAUGGCGCCAGAUUGCUGAAACAGAGAUUUAAAUACGCUAAGAUGAAGUAGAGCAGGCAAAAUUUGUAACUGCAGCUUUCCUUUUAGAGGAAUUGCUGUACCUACUCAUAAAACAGAAUGAGUAGGCACAAGAAACAAACAUAGGAGACAUACUAUGUCAAUAUGAUGUAAAAUCACAGAUGAAUUCAAAAGAGAUUCACAAGGACUGGUUCAUGGAACUCAAGCCUUGAAAAGUACAGAAUUUCCAGAGAACAGUUAAUAUUCUAACGAGAUUGUGCUGUCCCAAAGGUAUCCAUUAAGCACAUGUGGCUAUGAAUAUGAACAGUAUUCAAUAUGAAAACAAAAAAUGCAAGCUCAUUUUGAGAACGUGCUUUUUAGAAACUCCAGAAAUAACAUUUUCGAAAAAUUCAUCUGACAAUGAAAUAUAAGAUGGAAGUGUGAGAGCGAAGAUUCUAGAGUUCACUGUUUAGAGGUACAGCACCCUGACAGAAAACAAGUUCUGGCCUUGAUGUUACGGAGUUAUUACUCAGUAUCAUUCCUCCUGUUGAAUCUGUAACUUUAAAAACUAAACCCAGGGUUUCUUCCUAUAUGGGAAGUGAUGUAAUGGUUUGGUUUAUUAUAUUUAGAAACUGUUGCGGAUCAAACCAAUGUUUUAUCAGCUACCUGACAAGAGCGAACUUCCCGGAGGACCUGACCCCUCAGGGGACACAAAGUGAUACGCAAUGCUGCGAGCUGCCGCCACAAAGUAAAGCGAGGGGUCAAGAGAGUGCUGGUAUUGUGACCAGUGAUGGGAGUUCAGUGCCAGCAUUCAAAAUGCAUAAGGGAAUGGGUCUGGUAAAUCACGUUUUUACUGACGACAACUUGAAGAAGUUGUAUGUUUCAAAUCUUGGAAUCGGACACACGAGAUACGCCACCACAGGGAGAUGUGAGCUGGAGAACUGCCAGCCCUUUGUUGUUGAGACGCUCCACGGGAAGAUAGCCGUGGCCCAUAACGGCGAGCUGGUGAAUGCUGCUCGGCUAAGGAGAAAGCUUCUGCGUCAUGGUAUUGGUCUGUCAACCAGCUCUGAUAGUGAAAUGAUUACCCAGCUCCUGGCGUAUACCCCACCUCAGGAGCAAGAUGACACCCCAGACUGGGUAGCAAGGAUUAAAAACUUAAUGAAUGAAGCACCCACAGCGUACUCCCUACUUAUAAUGUACAGAGAUGUUAUAUAUGCAGUACGGGAUCCUUAUGGAAUUCGACCUUUGUGCAUUGGUCGUCUUAUUCCAGGUUCUGAUAUCAAUGACAAAGAGAAAAAAACAUCAGCAACAGAAGGAUGGGUAGUGUCUUCAGAAUCUUGUAGCUUUCUGUCUAUCGGUGCAAUAUACUACCGUGAAAUCUUACCAGGGGAAAUUGUGGAAGUAUCUAGACAUGGUGUCCGAACUCUUGAUACCGUGUCAAGGUCCAAAGGAAACCCAGUGGCUUUUUGUAUCUUCGAAUAUGUUUAUUUUGCAAGACCAGAUAGUAUGUUUGAAGACCAAAUGGUUUAUACAGUAAGAUACCGCUGCGGUCAGCAGCUGGCCAAGGAAGCACCUGUGGAUGCAGAUUUGGUUAGCACCGUUCCAGAGUCUGCUACACCUGCUGCGCUUGGUUAUGCAAAGAAGAGUGGACUUCCCUAUGUGGAGGUGCUGUGUAAAAACCGGUAUGUGGGAAGAACCUUCAUUCAGCCAAACAUGAGAUUAAGGCAACUUGGCGUUGCGAAAAAGUUUGGAGUAUUGUCAGACAACUUUAAAGGCAAAAGAAUUGUUCUUAUAGAUGAUUCAAUUGUGAGAGGCAAUACCAUUUCACCCAUAAUAAAAUUACUCAAAGAAUCUGGGGCAAAAGAGGUGCAUAUUCGAGUAGCUUCACCACCAAUCAGAUAUCCAUGCUUCAUGGGAAUAAACAUUCCCACAAAAGAAGAGCUCAUUGCCAAUAGACCAGAGUUUGCUCAUCUUGCAGAAUAUCUUGGAGCAAACAGUGUUGUGUAUUUGUCAGUAGAAGGACUGGUUUCAUCUGUACAAGAAGAAAUAAUGUUCAAAAAACGGAAAGUGAAAAAACACGAUAUUAUGAUUCAGCAAAAUGGAAAUGGUCUGGAAUAUUUUGAAAAUAACGGUCACUGUACAGCUUGUCUCACAGGAAAAUACCCUGUGGACCUGGAAUGGUAACUGGUCGGGGCAGAUGAUGUUCUUCAGGAUGGAAAGUUGUUAAGAAAUGGUUACACAUGGUCUGUUCACUCAGUCGGCAGAACAUAAAAUGCCACAUGCUUAUGUUUACCUUUAUAAUUUUGAGAUUUUUUUUUUCUGAAAAGGGUACCAAAUGGUGUAAUUGAGCUUUGCUCGUAACAUAAUACAACAUGUGGUGUUCUUUUUUUUAAUUGCAUUGGCUGUCCUUUUCAUGUGGUCAGAGAAGGCAGGUGUGAGUGCUGCUUGCCAAGUCUAUUAAAGGGUUAGAUUGUGAGGUUGGAGCCAGCUAGGAGGUGUGACGCAGAGCAGACAGGCUGAUGAAUACGACCUCGUAGGAACAGUGGGAGUUGGUUCAGCCCCUCGUGUGUCUAGCCGCUCUUUCAGACCCUAGUUUUGGCCUUGGCUUCCCUGUCUGUCCUCAACUUUUUUUAAUGGUACUAAGAAUUGAACCCACUGGGUGCUGAAUUAAAUCCCCAAGCUCCCCCGACCCCCUAUUAUGGCUGUCUGCCAAGCUUCCCAGGCUAGCCUCCCUCAAACGUGUGAUACCCCUGCCUCAUCCUCCCUAGUAACUGGGAUUAUUGGUAUGUUUCUGGACAUUUAGAUAAACAACUCUUGAAAUUUUUAAAGAUGGACAACUCUUUAAAAGGAAAAAAGCAUCUUUUUGUGCCUCAACACACCCUAUGCCGUGAGGUACACUCUUAACAAAUAAUAGGCAUGUGUCAUGUACUUCUGACUUCUGAGGUAGUACAUGAUCACUUGCUUUUUUGAAAUGAGUUUGUAAUUGAAAUUUCAUUGUGAUAGAGGGAUACAUGGAGUUUAGCAGAUCUUUGCCUCUCUUUAGAUGCCCCAAGAAUGUUUAUAAAAAAUAAAUCUGGCGGGCAUGGUGGCGCAUGCCUGUAAUCCCAGCACUUGGGAGGAUGAGGCA